CGCGGGGCAGGCGCGCCCCGGAUGCCGGGUCAUGGCAGCGCCGGAAGAGCCGUGAGGCGGCCGGGCCGGCGGGGAGCCAGGCCGGGACGCGGCCGCUUUGAGCGGUGCCGGGGGCAGGCAGGGGCAGAGGCAGCGGCAGCGGCGGGACCGUGCGGCCGCCGCCAUGUUCCGCUCCGAAGAGGAGAUUGCAAGUGGGGAGAGCGAGGAGGAGAGUAACGGUGUCAACCUGAUGGAGUUCUCGGAUGAGAUCCUUUUGCACAUCCUCAGCUACGUCCCUUGCACUGACCUUGUCCUGAACGUCAGGAGAACCUGCAGGAAACUUGCAACGCUUUGCCUUGACAAGAGCCUAACCCAUACGGUUUUACUUCAGAAGGACUAUAAGGUAAACAAAGACAAAGUGAAGCAACUGAUGAGGGAUAUCGGAAAGGAGAUUUACCAGCUGAACAUGGCUGGGUGCUAUUGGCUGCCAAGCUCCACUAUUGAUCACGUAACGCGAUGCAAGAACCUGGUGAAACUGAACUUGUCUGGGUGCCACAUCACCUCCCUCCGCCUCUCCAAGAUGCUCUCCACGCUCCAGCACCUGCACUCCCUGGCCAUAGACGUCAACCCGGGUUUCGACGCCAGCCAGCUAAGCAGUGAGUGUAAGGCCACCCUGAGCCGUGUCUCGGAACUGAAGCAAACCCUUUACACGCCGUCGUACGGUGUCGUCCCGUGCUGCACCAGCCUGGAGAAACUGCUGCUUUACUUUGAGAUCCUGGAUCGCUCACGGGAAGGCUUUAUGCUCUCUGGCCAGCUAAUGGUAGGUGAGAGCAAUGUGCCCCAUUACCAGAACCUGCGGGUCUUCUAUGCCAGGCUGGCUCCUGGCUACGUUAACCAGGAGGUGGUGAGGCUGUACUUGGCGGUGCUGAGUGAUCGGACACCUGAGAACCUUCACGCCUUCCUGAUUUCUGCUCCCGGUAGCUUUGCAGAGACGGGAGCCACUAAAAACCUCCUGGACUCUAUGGCUCGAAAUGUGCGUCUGGAUGCUUUACAAUUGCCCAAAGCCUGGAUUAAUGGCUCUGGGCUCCUGCAACACUUGAAGUUCAACAACCCUUUCUACUUCAGCUUUAGCAGAUGCACCUUAUCUGGUGGCCACCUCAUCCAGAGAGUUAUUAAUGGUGGGAAGGAUCUUAAAAGCUUGACCAGUUUGAAUCUCAGUGGCUGCGUUCACUGUCUGGCUCCAGAGUCCUUGUUCCGAAAAGCAGAAGAUGACAUUGACAGUAGCAUUCUGGAAAGCCUGGUGGUGUCUUGCUGCAACCUGAGACACCUCAACCUGUCAGCAGCUCACCAUCACAGCUCAGAAAGCAUAGGCAAUCACUUGUGCCAGCUUCUGUCCAGGCUAAAGCACCUGCUGUCAUUAGCACUGCCGGUUUGCUCCAUCACAGAUGUUGCUGCAAAUGUGGAAAAGCCUCCCACAGUGUCUAAUUUGGUGCCCCAAACGUUUGGAAGGAAAGUUCGGAUUGGGAUACAGACAUACCCGAGGAACUUAGCGGACCAGGCAAGUCAGAAGAUUGAGUCCUCCGUAUUCUGGGCUCUGAUGGGAAGCCUCCGGUAUUUGGAAACCUUGGAAAUCAUUGGGUCCAGUUUUUCCUCUGCCAUGCCUCGCAAUGAGCCGGCAAUUAGGAACUCCUUGCCUCCUUGUGUCCGGGCACAAAGUGUCGGGGAUUCAGAGGUGGCUGCCAUUAGCCAGUUGACUUACUUGCAGAGCCUCACCUUAGCACAACUGCCAAAUAUCCUCACUGGCUCUGGGCUUAUUCACAUUGGAUUGCAGUGCCAGCAUUUGCGGACUCUUUCCUUGGCCAACUUGGGCAUGAUGGGCAAAGUGGUCUAUAUGUCUGCUCUCAUGGACAUGCUGAAACACUGCAAGUGUUUGAGAGAUCUCAGGCUGGAACAGCCUUACUUCUGUGCGGGUGCCCAGUUCUUCCAGGCACUGAGUCACUGCUCCUCUCUCCAGCGGCUUUGCAUCGUCUCCCGGAGUGGGACUCUGCAGUCUGACGCAGUGAUGUCAUUCAUGGCCAACUGCCUCGAGGUCAUCAUGUGCCACAUGUUUAUGGGAGAAUCUCUUACCGUUUGCAGAAGUCUCCAGCAAUCUCUUGUCCGGAGUUUCCAGGCGGAUCGCCCUGCAUUAAACGUCGUCAUUUUCCCUCUGCUUCAUGAGGACUUGACAGAGGUCAUCAGAGAUGUCCCCAUGCGGCACUUGGAUGAAAUUACCUUGUUUAAAAGCAGAGUGGCCGAGGAACCUCCCAACUUGUGGUGGUGACUCUCACAGCAUGGCAAGGACAGUCAGCGUGCACACGGUGAAAUCGCUCCUUGUUGGCCUCGAUUGCCCAUCCUUCAGCUCCCGGCCACCUCCCUGGAUGCUGUACAAUCACUUGAAAUAGGUGCAAUUGCAAACUGAAAUAAAAGAAGCCGGUCCUUUGCAGUGGGGAAACCAUCUAUUGGAUAUUGCUUGCAUCUGCAAAUCCCGUCUCCGAGGCUCCUGGAAUCUGAUGAGUAUUUCCUUGCGGUUAAUAGGAAUUGUUUUGUUAUUUUAUUGAAGUUAAAGGUAAGAGAAACUGACUUAAUGAUGCUCUUUCUGUGUCGCCUGGUGUAUUUCCUAAAGGGCCCCUGUGUACUUCAGCAGUGUGCUGUGUGGUGUUGGUGGAAAUCAUUCUUGCUUCAGUCUGUUUUUGGCCAAGUAGAAAGCCCAAGCCAGCUAAAAGGCACAAACCCGUGUUGCUCAGUUGAAGUGCAUCACAUCUUUUCUAUGUUCCAAGUACACAUUUGUGGUCACACACAUGCAAUCACAGCAAUUGAAAGGGGUUUAUUUCUGAUUGAGAAGUGCCACAAGGACUCUCUUUUUAUUUUGAAUAGCAAAUUAAAGGUCAUUAGUGCCUCGACCGUGGUGUGUUCUUGCUGAUGCUGUUUCCAUCCAUCUGGUGGAAGCAGAUCUCAGCUCUUUUGGAAAUCCAUGUCCUAGGGGUAGAUGGUGCCUACAGUAAGUUGAGGCUUGGAUGUGAUUUUAAACGCGGUCUGUCUUGCAGUGUAGAUGGGAAUGUAGUGUUUCAGCCCUCUCCUUAGAUCCCAUGCCUUGAGCUCAUGCUAAUUUUAGAGACGUUAGGAAGUGUUUUCACAGUGUGAUUUCAGUCAGCUUCUCUGCUCCACAGAACUUCCUCAGGCACCAGUAGUGGUCUGGAUCACUUUCAUAUUGCCUUAUUUACUGAGCACUUUUGAAAGCAUCAGACAGCUGUACCAAAAGCCAAGUUAGGAAUUCCUGGAGCUACGUUUCUGGGUGGCACUCGGAUUUCCCUUCUGCUGGAGUAUUUUAUGGUAGCGCACUGGGUCUGUCUUCUGCAAAACGGCUACAGCAGCUUCUCCACCUAAACAUCCCCUAAUGUGCUGAGUGAGCGCUGCUUUUCUAGGGAAGCCCAGAUGCAUCAUCCAAAGGUGAUGGUCCCCAUCUCCUUGUUGGCAUUUUCUACACAAGAUGCCAUCUCCCAAUCCAUGUUCUUCCAUCAGCGGUUCCUAAGAAGCCUGAUCUGUUGGGAUUGAUACGAGAGCAAAAUGCCCCUCGCAGCUUUGGAGGACUUUCUCUCCUUGCUUUCCCAUCACUCAGGUGUGAACCCGCCUGGUGAUGUCUUGGGGGUGUAAAUCCUGAGCCAGGCUGCAGUAACCCUUGUGCUUGGCUAGGUUAGGCUGUUCACCAGCAGGUUAAUGUUAGUUAGCCUUCUACUAGCACAAAGUCUGCGGUGCUAAAACUAACCCCUGCAUGUGGCUGCUCUCUGCGCUGAGCUUCUCUCCCUUCCCCACUCAGGGCAGGGAGCCACAGCGGUGUCUGGUUUGCAGCAGGUAGCGAGGUGGUGAAGCUGGCUCGUGCUCCUGGGAAUGGCUGCAGCCCCGCAAGCGUUUGAGACUCUGCCUCGGGUUAGGCACUGUGCUGGUGAGUGCAAGGAGCUGGUGCCCUGCUCUUGGCAUCCUGCCACUGUUUUCUCUCCCAACGAGGUCGUUCUUUCUACCUCUUGUCAUAUUACUUGCCUCUUUGAAUCCCUCUCUCCCUCUCCAACUGCUUUUGUCUCUCCUUCUCCCUCUCUUCAGCAACUCAGAUGUGCUUUCCGGCAGGAACACGAGCCACUGCUCUGUCCAGUUCAGUCCACUUCAGCUCUGCCUGCCUUCUGUUUCUUUCCUAGAAUAAAUAGUGAGGGAUAGGCAGUGAGUGUUUGCAAAGCUGCUUUCUCCUUGUUGGGAACAUUAGCAGAGCUGCUUUCCUCUCCUUGUGCCUCUAGCCUUGGGGCAGAGUAGUGGGAAGGCUGAGGGUAUGGAGCUCUGAUGCUUAAUGGGACCUGUUUUGAGGAAUCUCAAGGUCUGGUACAUGCUACAGGAGCCAUUCCCACCCUCAGCAGGGAUUUCCCAUCCACAUACUGUGGCAUCGGCAAGAGUUUGGCAGAACCAGGGGCUUGCCUGUUCCUAUCCCAUUGGGAAACCUGGGCUGGGGGACAGUGGAAUGCAGAAAACACGUGCUGCUCCAUGCUGGUGUUAACCCUUUGGUCUUGGGGGUUGGAGCAACCUGAUGAAACAAGCUCUGUCUUUUGCUUGGCAAAGCGAUACCCAUCUGCCUCGCGUCUUGCAAUCAGGCAUGUUUUAUAACCCCAUUAUUCUAUUGCCUGGAGUAGGAUGCUUAGACAUCUGUAUUCAUACAAGCGGGUCAGAAGUCCCCAUGCAAAUGCUACCGGUUAUAAUCAGGGCUGGGAAAGGUCACCCCCAGGUAACAAAGACAGCACCACAAAUAAUGCUAAAGAGCUAAAAACUCCUUCCAGCCCCGACUCCCCAGUUCCGGGCCAGUGCUCGAUACCUCUCCUGCAAAUCCUCUUCUGGUGAGUGAGGAUUUCCGCUGCUUCUGCACUCGAGGCAGGAUUCACCAGAUGUUAAUAAUGUGCUUAUUUUCUCUAAGUGCUAUUUUGGCAUCGGUGUUAAUUACAAUUUAUAUUCUGCAACAUUUACACUGGGAAAAGAACCCACCCUAAUAGUCCCCAAUUGGCAGAGCCGGGCUAUUAAACAUCACACCAUAUGUUCUGAGCAGAGCAAUAUAUGGGACUCGGAGCCCACUCGGCGCUGAGGCUCCGGUGUGCAGCAUUAGAGGAGGAGAGGAGAGCAGAGAGAUGGGUGGUUUGUUCCUAGCUCUUAGUAAUAUCAAAUUCCCCCUCCUUUCCUCUGGUCUCUGUCCCCAUCUCUUUAGAAAUCUCCCUCCCUGCUAUCUGUAGGCAUCUAAUGAGGUGACCUCUGAGCCUGCUGAUGCCACUGUCCAUACUCUAAAAUAGAUGAAUUCAAUUACAAAAGGUGCCCUUCUCCCAGGGAGCGCCUCUGCAGGAUUCCCACUCCCUGCCGGCCUGUUCCUCGCUGUGCUCCGAAAUCAGUCCUCUGAUCUCUGGGGAAUGCAGAAGAAAUCUUUGCUUUGCCCACAAGCGAGGUGCCCACACUUGGUUGGGAGGGGGAGAUUCUGGGUCAAGUGCCGUUAGUGUGGAAAAUCACUUCUUGUUUGCUGCUCUGCUUAAAUCCAAAGUCUUCUUCAGCCAAGUGGCAUUUGGUUCCUGCCGGAUGGGAGGAGCCAGACCUGAAGAGUGGCGGUGGGUUUGGUGUGGGGAGUUUGGUGGGGCUGAGGUGUCGGUGUGUUCCUUAGGUCUGUAGGUUAAAGGAUUGCUCCUCACUGUUCUCCAGAGCUGAUUUCAUGGAUCCUUUAAGGAAUGGCAGCGUACCCACUGCUCAGUUUGGAACAGGGCUGUGUGGCAAUGGCCUCUCCCCUCAGGAGAGCUUGGACUGCAGUCAAGGAGGUGGCUGGGCAGGCAGAGGAGAGAUGGGAGUGAAGGAGACAGGGCAGAACGGUGUCAUGGACCUCAAGCUGGAAGCCAGACACCCACCGUGAGACCUGGGCCUCGGUGUCCCCUCUUGCAGGGCUGGGGCUGCUGAUGCAGGCUGGUGGGUGGCAGAGCAGUGACCCUGCUCUCCUCAAUCCGCAUGACUACCUCCUUCCUCCUCUGCCCAGGCCUGCUCCCAGGGGAACAGAGCAGGGUCUGUCGCUUCCUCUUGCUGAUGUUCAGAGGCAUGACAAGUCCUGGGACGAUGUACAGGAAUGGGACUGUGCGUUGUGAGGUGCUGGGUGCUGUAUUUCAGCAUCCCUUUUUCAGGAUGGGGUAUUCCCUGUGGCCACAGGAAGGUGGGGCUUUUCCUUUUGGGAAUUAACCAGUGCAGCAGGGUUGUUUUGUGUGCUUGAAGGAGGUGCAGUCCCCCUUGGCUGAUCCCAGCAGAGCGUCCAGACAAAGGUACAGGAGCCUGGAGCAGGGAGCCACGUCGGGUACUGCGGAGGCACAUCUUCAUUGCGGCUCUCCUGCCUCUCUGAUCAGAUGCGCAGGCAGCCGGGGUACUCCAGCAGGAGAAUCAUUUCCAUAGAAACCAAUUGGGAUGUUGUACAGGGAAUAAUGAUUAAUAGUGAAGGGAUGUUGCCUCAGGCCCUUCUCAUUUUUUAGGGGGCAGCGAGGGGCAAACUGGAGCACAGGUUGUGGGGGGACAGGCAGGCUCAGAAACUAAUGGAAACCAUCUCUUCCAUUAAUUUCCAGGGCAGCAUCCCCUCUUUUCCUCCCCACCACUGCUUCCCAAUUUUCAAAAUGGCUAACCUGGUUAGAAAUAAUGGUAAGAAUAAAACAGGAUGGAUGGGGGCUGCCUACUAACAUUGUUGCUGUUAGCAGCAGGAUUUCAGCCAUAAAACAUGAAGCAGGGGAGGCAUUGACCUUUCCGCUGGUUGAAAUGAAUGGAGACAUCAAUAUGUAUUGUUUUGUGGCAUUGACCUCUGACGCUCUCCUUUCGCCCUCCCCUUUCUCUUGGUUCUUUCAUUCCCCCCCCCCCCCCAACACUGGAGGAAAGGGGUCGGUUUGUGCCAUCUAUUGAUCCCUAUGUGACUUGGUGAUAGGGAAAUAAUUAGAAUCUUAAAGAUCUCUGCUGCAUGGGUUGGUGUGAGACACGCAGGCACACGCUAAGCCCCCUCUUCCUCUUCCCCCCCCCAUCCUCACAGGGAUCCAAAGCCCUGAGAUCUGAAGGGAGGCAGAUCAAUACAGGUUUAAUCAUGAUGGGGGGGGUUAUUUCAGUGUUUUACAUGGGAAAGUGUAACGUUUUAUGUUAAUGUUCUCAGAGCCUGGCUGCCUGGUGCCUUGGUUUAUUUAUUCUUUCAAGUAGCCCCCUUCUUUUGUGCGCUUCAUCUUAGGUACAGAGAGUGGGGAAUCAGGCAUUGCUAAUUAGCUGUAUGACAAUUAAGUAAUGUAGCACAAAACCAUUAGGACACUGCAUUUGGUUUUGAAGUUGGCCCUUUGAAGUAGAAGCUGCAACUCCCUGCCCAAGGCUGCUGGGGAAAAUGGGCUUCUAUCAUCAGAAAACUUUGUUUGAACAGAAGAUGUCAGUGUAAGAGUCCCUGUUCCUGUCGUCUUUCCCUAUAAGCAGCGGGUGGGAAUUGUUUCUCGUUGGAAAAACUCCUGGCGUUGAUGGAAAAGGGGGAAGGCAGGAAGGCAUCCAAUGGGCAGUCGGUCUCCAAACACCCUCGGUUCUGGUGGAGGUGGUACCAAAACUGCUCGUUGAAAGGGAACAGUGCUGCUUGGGGAGAGGAGAGCCAGCUCGCAGCCAGCGCCCUGGACAUGGCAAAGGGAGAUGCCCACCAAAAGUGGGUUCUCCGAUGGCUCAGGUGCCAUUGGCACAGCCUGGUCACGAGUACCUUCAGGCUCCUCCAUCCGUGCCCUCGUUUGACACUUGGUUUUCGCAUCUGGCCCUUAGUUCUAGUCGUGAGUCGAAUACUGAAUGUGCAACUUUCAUGUACGCUGGUGGCAUGUGAAACUUCAAAUAAAGAGUGAAACCGAGCUGGAA